GAAGCUGUAUGGGCGUAGAUCCCCUUGCUUUUCCUAAUAAAGAAAAAUUGUACCAAAAAAUAUAGAAUCUACGACUUUGACUUUAACCUUUCAUCAAGAGUACAGCAAUGACCUUUCAUUUUAACAUUUCUGUUUGAAUUUACGCCCAAGUAAUUGUACUUAAUUAUUGAGCUUAGUAGAUAUUAAUAUUGUUAUACUGAUAAGCACAAUAUGGAGAUUGAAAUUCUGAGCGUAUCUAGCGCGAAACCGCUCGGCAAGAUUCACGUUACAGGUGAAAGUUCGAUAAAGAAUGUAAAAGAAAAAAUCCAACAGAGCGUGAAGAAAUCUCUAUACCCAGAUCGUCAGGCCCUCAAACUGGAGGCUAAAGGCAAAACGUUGAAAGAUGAAGAUACUCUGAAUUCCCUUAAUAUUCAAGACGGAUCCAAGCUUUUUUUAAAAGAUCUUGGACCUCAAGUAUCUUGGCGGAAUGUGUUUUUAGCUGAAUAUGCUGGACCACUCUUUGUUUACUUGUGGGUGUAUCAAAGACCGUGGAUUUUAUAUGGUACACAAACGUCAAGUCCUGAGCAAGUAGCUACAGUUGCAGCAAUAUGUUGGUCAGCACACUAUGCCAAAAGGUUGUUUGAAACUUUGUUCAUUCAUCGCUUUUCACAUGGUACGAUGCCAUUGAAGAACUUGUUCAGAAACUGUGCAUAUUAUUGGUUGUUUGCCCUCUAUGUGGCUUAUCAUGUGAACCAUCCCCUAUACACUGCUCCCUGUACUACUUGUUACUACAUAGGACUUGGAGGUUUUGUUCUUUGCGAAUUAGGAAACCUGAGCAUUCACAUACUUUUGAAGAACCUUCGUCCGCCCGGCACGAAGAUACGCCGCAUUCCUAAACCGGACGGAAACCCCUUUUCUCUUCUUUUAAACUUCGUGUCUUGUCCCAACUAUACAUAUGAGUUCGGAUCUUGGCUAUUUUUCACUAUCAUGACUAAAUGUGCCCCAGCGGGUCUGUUCGCUGCGGCAGGCUUCUAUCAGAUGGCCGUUUGGGCCAUCGGUAAACAUCGCAACUACAAGAAGGAAUUCCCAGACUACCCCAAAGGCCGUAAAGCUAUUCUCCCAUUCAUUCUAUAAAUUAAAUUACUAAGUUUGAUUAUGCUUCGCGUAGCAACAAGUAGUAUAUUUAUUCUUAUUCUUUUGUAAGUAAUGGUCAAACAAAAAAUUUACAAAUAUUGACAUUGAUAAUUUCGAUAUAUCGAAUAGGUAUUGGUUGGUGCCUUGGUGGGUAUCGGAUGACAUAUUAGAGGGCAGUGGUUUUUGUUUAUUUUGGUACGCUACGGUAUGGUGUGGUAAUAAUAAAUAGGAUUAUUAUAAUAGGACUGGCAUCAAAUAGAUAAGUUAGAUGAAAUAUUGAAUAGUUUUGAAUAGCUUACGUUUUUUGUACUUGAAUUGAAUGAAGCAUUUGAUUAUUAAUGCACGCAUUUAUUGUUUUUGUUAUUAUUCAAUAAAAAAUAAUAAAGUAACAGUUUCUGUA